GUGCAGAUGCUGUGGGUGAAUCUCAUCAUGGACACCUUUGCUUCUCUGGCCCUGGCCACCGAGCCCCCCACGGAGGACCUGUUGCUACGGAAACCCUACGGGCGGAACAACCCGCUCAUCUCCCUGACGAUGAUGAAGAACAUCCUGGGCCAUGGCGUGUACCAGCUGAUUAUCAUCUUCACCCUCCUGUUCAUAGGCGAGCGUAUCUUUAACAUCGACUGCGGCCGCAACGCCCCGCUGCACGCCCCGCCCUCGGAGCACUACACCAUCAUCUUCAACACCUUCGUCCUCAUGCAGCUGUUCAACGAGAUCAACGCGCGCAAGAUCCACGGCGAGCGCAACGUGUUCCAGGGCGUGUUCUCCAACCCCAUCUUCUGCAGCAUCGUGCUGGGGACCUUCGGCGUGCAGAUCGUGAUCGUGCAGUGGGGGGGGAAGCCCUUCAGCUGCGCCCCUCUCAACCUGGAGCAGUGGCUGUGGUGUCUGUUCGUGGGCGUUGGCGAGCUGCUCUGGGGACAGGUGAUCGCCACGGUGCCCACAGAGCGGCUGCCGUGCCUGAAGGAGGCGGGGCUUGGCCUGGAGCCAGGGGAAGACGAAGGGGAGGAGAUGGCCGAGGACGAGGAGGAGAUCGACUGUGCUGAGAGAGAGCUGCGCCGGGGGCAGAUCCUCUGGUUCAGAGGACUGAACCGCAUCCAGACCCAGAUGCGCGUGGUGAAGGCGUUCCGUCGUUCUCCGUCUGAGGGGUGGGAGAAGCCGGAGUCCCGCGGCUCCGCCCACGACUUCCCGGCCCACCCGGAGUUCCUCAUCAACGACCUCAUCCACAACAUCCCGCUGAUCGACGACACCGACGUGGACGACGAAUCAGAGCUCAGCAGAUACCAGCACCUGCACCCGGCCCUCCCCCAGCCCCCGGCCCGGCCACGCCCCCCCGGCCCCUACCGGCAGCACAGCCUCCCGGUGACCCCGUGCAACCGCAACAACAACAACAGCAGCUCAACAACCAGCCGCUGCAGCGACGCCGUAACCCCCGGCAACCGAAGCCCCCCCCCCACACCCCCACCAUGACAAGCCGGUGAAGCCCUCUGCCCCUCACCUGGCCCGCCGCUAAUGUGUGGAGACCUCCUUAUAACUGAGCUGAACGUGGGGGGGGGGGGUGGGGACACGACUAUGACAUUUUCAUUCAACACGGGAAGGAGGGAGGGGGCCGACCCGCCAGCCCCCCCUCCCCCUCCUGUGGAGCCCGCCUAACAGGCUCAGGUCUGCUCUCGCCGGGUGGGCCUGAGUGGCGGUGGUUUUCGGGGGGGGGGUCCUUCAACGCUUUAGCAGAACAGGGCCACGCCCCCCGUUUCUAUUGGUGUGCAUCACUAGUGCUGUCGUUACUGGCCCCGCCUCCUUUUAUCACCACUUUAACUUCAUAAGGACACAUUUAUUUAUUUUACAUUAUUUCUGCUCCUCUUUCGAUGUGUUGAUUACAUGUAUAUAUAUAUAUAUAUACAUGCAUAUAUACAUGUAAUGUAUAUAUAUCUACACUACCGUUCAAAAGUUUGGGAUCACCCAGACAAUUUCGUGUUUUCCAUGAAAACUCACACUUUUAUUUAUCAAAUGAGUUGCAAAAUGUAUAGAAAAUAUAGUCAAGACAUUGACAAGGUUAGAAAUAAUGAUUUGUAUUUGAAGUAUUAAUUUUUCUCUUCAAACUUUGCUUUCGUCAAAGAAUGCUCCUUUUGCAGCAAUUACAGCAUUGCAGACCUUUGGCAUUCUAGCUGUUAAUUUGUUGAGGUAAUCUGUUGAAAUGUCACCCCACGCUUCCUGAAGCACCUCCACAAGUUGGAUUGGCUUGAUGGGCACUUCUUGCGGACCAUACGGUCAAGCUGCUCCCACAACAGCUCAAUGGUUGAGAUCUGGUGACUGGCCACUCCAUUACAGACAGCAAGCUGCCUGCUUCUUCCCUCAAGAGUUCUUCACAAUGUGGAGGUGUGCUUUGGGUCAUUGUCCUGUUGGAGGAGGACAUUGGCUCCAAUCAAGCGCUGCCCACAGGGUAUGGCAUGGCGUUGCCAAAUGGAGUGAUAGCCUUCCUUAUUUAAAAUCCCUUUGACCUGGUACAAAUCUCCCACUUUACCAGCACCAAAGCAGCCCCAGACCAUCACAUGACCUCCACCAUGCUUGACAGAUGGUGUCAGGCACUCUUCCAGCAUCUUUUCACCUGUUCUGCGUCUCACAAAUGUUCUUCUGUGUGAUCCAAACACCUCAAACUUGGAUUCAUCUGUCCAGAACACCUUUUUCCAAUCUUCCUCUGUCCAAUGCCUGUGUUCUUUUGCCCAUACCAAUCUUUUCUUUUCAUUGGCCAGUCUCAGAUAUG